AUGUUUAAAGUGUCAUCGGAACCCGAUGUUUAUCAUUCAAAUGUUGGGCAACCGCUGAACUCGUGCCUAAACUGUUACCCUUCUAAAACAACUCUUAAACCAUCAAGAUAUGUAAAUGUUCUUGAUUUUGCCUAUUAUGGGUGUGUUCCGUGGCCGUCUGCUGAUGGGGAAUCCCCACCAUUUCGUUGGUUUGCAGAUAUUCGAUAUACUUUUACGACACCCUUGUCUCAUCAUUAUCCAUCCAUUGCAGACACCGUUUUGUCUUCUAAGCAGGUGCGUAGUACCGUUAAGGAAGUUGCAGCAGCCGAGAAUGCCACUGUUGACAUGAUAUGCAGACGAGCGCUUGGAAUUAUCAAGAAGAUGAAAGCAAGUAUUUCGAAGGCCAUAUGUAAAACAGUGGCCUAUAUACUUUUCAAAGUGUUCCGCAGAAUGAUGACUCAGUUGCUUGUUUGCCCUGCACAGAUGGAACAGUUGCAGAAAGCUCAAAAAACUGGUGUUCCGCUAGUUUAUCUGCCUCUUCACAGAAGUCAUUUAGACUAUCUCUUGAUUACAUGGACUGUUUGGCACUGGGGACUUCAACUACCUCACAUCGCUUCUGGAGACAAUUUAAAUUUGUCGGGGCUUGGGUGGGUUUUACGUGGAGCUGGAGCUUUUUUCAUCCGACGUCGCAUUGGAGGUGAACUUAGCAGUGGCAGUGACAAGCUAUAUCGUGCUGUAUUGAAUUCCUACAUAACAGAAAUAUUACGCCGUGGAAUGCCACUGGAAUUCUUCUUGGAAGGCACCAGAACUCGGUCUGGCAAAGCUUUGUUACCAAAAAAUGGGCUUAUUUCGAGUGUAGUAGAAGCAGUUAAAAUUUCAGGUGUGAUUUCGGAUGUUUAUCUUGUUCCUGUGUCUUUUACUUAUGAACAUCUUGCCGAAGAUAUGUUUUUUGAAGAGCUACUGGGUAAGCAGAAAACUAGGGAAAGUGUUUGGGGUUCAAUAAAGGGCAUGUGGAAUAGCAUAGGCCGUGGUCGUUGCGGCUCUGUUAGGCUACAUUUCGGUGUUCCAGUGCUCCUCUCUGCAACUGUAUAUGAUAAUGGUCAUGAUCAAUUUCUCGUACAUUCUAAAGGUGCUGUGGAUCCUUAUCGUGAAUUGUUACCAUGGAAACGUGGGAAUCCUGAUAGUGCACUUAUUCGUGCUAUUGGCACACACGUUGUAUAUGAUGCACAACGCCAGGCUUCUAUAAGCAUUUGCUCUGUGGUUAGCGCACUGUUACUCUGUAAGUAUAGCGACGGUUGUUGUUUGGAGUCUUUAACUAAAGAUCUUGUUUGGUUUUGUGAUACAUUAGUGACCAAACAGUUUGAUGUGCUCGGCUGGGUUAAAGGGAAAACCGAUGGAAACCUUGCUCUCGAAAUAUUAACUGCUAGGUUUUUAUGCAGCUUUUGUCAAAGAAAUGACGGCUGGAAGUGUGGUUGGUUUAGAUCUUACUUUGUAGUUAGCAUUUUAUGUUUUUUACUAUUUUACUUACGUUGGGAUGCUUUAGCUCUAGCGGUUUUAUCUCAUCGUGGCUCAGAAUGGGCGUCUUAUUCGUCACUGAUUGAAACGACACUAAUUAUUUGUGAUUUGCUGCAAUUUGAGAUCAUUUUUUGCAAGGUUCUUGUCUGCGUUAUUUUUAAAAAUAAAUAG